AUGGUAGUCAAGCCGAACCGCAGCGGCGGCGCCGCUUACCCUUCCGGCUACACGGAUGCGGGAGACCACGCCCUCAUUGGCAAUAUGCGUACCUGCGCUUUGGUGUCGAUCUCGGGAACCAUCGCCCAGCUUUGCCUCCCGCACUUCGACUCUCCCUCCGUCUUCGCUCGUAUCCUCGACAAGAACAAGGGAGGUCACUUCAGCAUCCGAACGAAUAUUCCGACGCAGUCCAAGCAGCAGUACGUCCCGAGCACGAACGUCGUGAACACCAAGUUCUUGUCGGAGGAGGGAGUCGGCCAAAUCGACGACUACAUGCCCCUUCCCGCGUCCAAAUCCGACCCGACCUUCCUGCCGUGGCUCAUCCGUCACGUCACGACUAUUCGCGGAACUCUCACCUUCACGGUCGAGUGCUCACCCGCUUUCGACUACGCUCGCGCUUCGCACGACACGAAGAUCGACAACAAGGCACAGCGCGCCGAGUUCAUCUGCCCCCAGCACCUCAACCUCGACUUGCGAUGGGUCAUCAGCGAGGGCGACCACCCGAAGGAUGGCGUCGAGCCGCCUAAGGUUGAGCUCGACUACCUUGACCUGAGUGAGCGCGGUCACAAAGGCCUCGGCGUCAUCGCCCAAUUCACGCUGCACGAGGGACAGAGCGUGACAUUCGUUCUCCGUGAACCGCCGAAGCAGGAGACGAGCGAAACUUCCGGCGAGGGGAGCACGAGGGCCAACAUCCCCGACUUUACGAAGAGCCACCACGGUGACACGCAGGCCAAGUCCUCCUACGACCCGCCUCUCUCGCAGGGGCUCAUCGAUCGCCUCUACCAUGACACCGUCGCGUACUGGCUCGGCUGGCUGCAGAAGUGUACCUACAAGGGUCGUUGGCGGGAGAACGUCCAGCGGGCCGCUCUGGCCCUCAAGCUCUUGACCUUCGCGCCGACCGGUGCCAUUGUCGCCGCGGCGACGUUCUCCCUACCGGAAGACUUGCAUGACGCAGGGAGGAACUGGGACUACCGUUAUGCCUGGAUUCGCGACGCCUCGUUCACCGUCUACGCCCUUCUGCGACUCGGCUUCACCGAGGAGGCGGACCAAUAUGUCGACUGGCUCAGUGGGCUGAUGAAGACGAAGAACAAGGAUGGCAGCCUGCAGAUCAUGUACACCAUCCACGGCACGAAGGAGAUCCCCGAGAUCACUCUCGACCACCUCGACGGCCACAAGGGCCAGAAGCCCGUCCGAAUCGGCAAUGGCGCCGCCGAUCACAUCCAGCUCGAUAUCUACGGCGAGCUUCUCGAUGCUGUCUAUCUCGCGCAGAAGAUGGGCCGACCCCUCGCCUACGACGACUGGCUGCAGGUCCGCGAAAUCGUCGACUACGUCUGCGAGAUCUGGCGCAACCCCGACUUGUCCAUCUGGGAGGUUCGCGGACAGAUGCAGCACUUCCUCUACUCCAAGGUGAUGUGCUGGGUCGCCCUCGACCGCGGUCUCCGUCUCGCCGACAAACGCUCGCUGCCCUGCCCGAACCGCAACAAAUGGCUUGCGAACCGCGACGAGCUGUACGAGCAGAUCAUGGAUCAGGGUUACAACAAGGAGAAGGGUUUCUUCUCGCAGUCUUACGAGAACAAGGACGUCCUCGACGCCGCCGUCCUCAUCAUGCCCCUCGUCUUCUUCAUGACCGCCAACGACCCGCGCUUCCAGAACACGCUGAACGCCAUCCUCAAGCCAAAGGACCGUGGCGGUUUGACCGAGAACAACCUCGUCUACCGGUAUGACACCGAGAAGGUCGACGACGGAACCGGCGGCGGUGAGGAGGGAAGCUUCUCGAUGGUGACGCUGUGGCUUGUCGAGGCACUCGCGCGUGCCGGACAGUUCGAGCCGUCGCAGCUGUCUAAGGCCGUUACGAUCCUCGAGGACUUCCUCGGCUACACUAACCACGUCGGAUUGCUUUCGGAGGAGAUCUCGAAGGGCGGAGAAGCUCUCGGCAACAUGGCGCAGGCGUUCUCCUUCGUCUCGCUUAUCUCGACGUGCUACAACGUCGACCGCGCCACACAGUCCAAGAACUUCCCUUUGGUCGACGCCUGA